AAAGUUUUAAACCCAUUAGAAACCCCUCGCCGUCAGCAGUGCGCGCAAUUCGUCAGAUCUGCACCGGUGCGAGCCCCGGUGUUCUUCUCCGUUGAUUUAGGGCUUCUCGAUUCCUCCCUCCUCGCUUCUUCCGAACAACCGGGGCAGUUGCUCUCUUGCGAGGAACCAUGUACGGAGGCGAUGAAGUGUCGGCGAUAGUUCUCGACUUGGGCUCCUACACAUGCAAGGCUGGGUACGCGGGAGAAGAUGCCCCUAAGGCUGUUUUUCCCUCUGCUGUGGGGUCAAUUUAUCAAGCGGGAGCCACUGAUGAGGUUAAACAUGAGAAGGACUCUGAUUCAAUGUAUGAUUCUGAAAAUGCUGACAAGAUAAAGACAAGGAAAUUGUAUGUAGGCACUCAAGCCUUAGGCUAUAGGCGUGAUCACAUGGAGGUUAUAUCCCCCAUAAAGGAUGGAGUUGUUGUUGACUGGGACAUUGUUGACAACAUAUGGAAUCAUGCUUUCAGGGAACGCCUUCUAAUUGAUCCAAAAGAACAUCCCAUGCUACUUGCAGAACCAUCUUUUAACACUCCCCAACAAAGAGAAAAAGCAGCUGAGCUUAUGUUUGAGAGUUACAAAGUCCCUGCUUUAUUUUUAGCUAAAAAUGCUGUCCUUACAUCUUUUGCUUCUGGUCGGGCUACAUCUUUGGUAGUUGACAGCGGGGGUGGGUCCACAACCAUAGCAGCAGUACAUGAUGGCUAUGUGCUCCAGAAGGCUGUUUCAACUUCCCCCAUUGGAGGUGAAUUUCUGACUGACUGCAUGAUGAAAAGCUUGGAAAGCAAGGGAGUCAUGAUAAAACCUAGAUAUUCAUUUAAACGGAAAGAAAUACGCCCAGGUGAAUUUCAGACCGUUGACCUUGAUAUUCCAAAUACGACUGAAAGUUACAAGUUGUACUCCCAGCGAGCUAUUGCUAGUGACAUUAAGGAAUCCGUUUGCCGAGUACCUGACACUGCUUUUGAAGAAAGUGGUUAUGCAAAUGUUCCUAUGACUCCUUAUGAGCUUCCUGAUGGGCAAACUAUAGAGAUUGGGGCAGAUAGAUUCAAGAUUCCUGAUGUCUUGUUUAAUCCGUCGCUAGUGCAGACAAUUCCUGGAAUGGAGAGCUUUGCUGGUUCCGCUUCUGUUAGUGGGCUUCCACAAAUGGUUAUCGAGAGCAUAAACAGAUGUGAUGCAGACAUUAAAAGGGAACUAUUCAGCAGUAUACUGCUUGCUGGUGGCACAGCAUCAAUGCUGCAGCUUAAGGAGCGACUUGAAAAGGAGUUGAUGGAGGAGGCUCCUCAAGCUGCACGAGUCAAGGUUUUGGCUAGUGGAAAUUCAAUAGAAAGGCGAUUCAGUGUUUGGAUAGGAGGGAGCAUUUUGGCAUCUCUUGGAUCAUUUCAGCAACUGUGGUUUUCCAAAGCGGAAUAUGAGGAGCAUGGAGUCUCGAAUAUCCAAAGAAAGUGUCCUUGAGGAUGUGUUAUUGGAGCUAGACGAACAUAAAGUCAUGCCAUCUAUUUACUGAAGUUUGAUAGUUGAUUUAAUGCUUAAGGUAUCAAGCUCACCAUUCCUCCAAUAUGAUAGUACAGUUUACAGCUUUUGUAUGCACACAAAAUGAACUUGUUGUUUUAUUGAUGUUUGUAUUAGGCAAAUACUUGGAAGAAACAGCCUGGUUAUUAUUAUUAUUAUUAAUGCCCAUUUGGUUCA